AUGAAGACAAUAUUAGUAUUAUUUUUAAUACAGAUUUUUUUAUGUUUUUAUCAGAAAAAUGUAGUAUCAAAAAACAUAAAAUUCAAUAUAGAUGGAAAUAUGUAUACUAUUUUAUAUGAUAAAAAAAAAGUAAAGUUUUCGGAUUUAGACCUUUUAAAAAUUAUGUUUCAUUCUAAUCAUAUAAAACAUUGUGGAAAUUCAGUAAUCCGAUAUAUCCUUAAAUUGUCAACAAAAAACCUUUUCCAAAUGGACUUUGUAGUUAAACAUAUAGAUAUAACAUAUAAUAAGGUAUUGAAGUUUGAUGAUAAAUAUAAAAUAAUUGGUGCUAUUACUAAUUAUGGAAAUACGUCGUUAAGAGUUUCAUUAUUCGGUGUAGGAAAUGAAAAUAAAAAAAUUAGUUUAAAUUCAUUUAUUAAAAAUAAAUUAAGUAAUAAUUUAGAAUUAGAAUCACAAUCAGAUAAAAAUGAAGAAAAUAGUAUUAAUGAAGUUUUAGAUAAUUAUGAUGAAGAUAAUGACGAUCCAAUUAAUUUAAGCAGUAAAGAAAUAGAUCAGUUAAAGGAGGAAAAAAAUUGUGCUGUGUAUUUUAUAGUUCACUAUACAUUAGUAAAAGUAGAUAAAAAAGGAAUGAAAAAAAAUAUUAAAGAUCAAUUUAAAAAUGAAAAUUCAUUAAUUGAAAUUGAACAAAUAGAAAAUUUAGCUAGCGCUUUAUGCUAA